AUGUUAAAAAUUAAAAAAAAUAUUAACUUGAUAAAUUUUAUUAUUAAACGUUCCUACACUAAUAAUAGUAAGGGAAUAUCUAAAGAAUAUGUAUAUACAAAAUAUAGAAUAAGUUUACCAUACAUAAAUAAUGUAAAAUAUGAUGAUUUGUAUUUAUCAAGCCCAAGUAGAGAAGAUUUAUAUGUUUUUACAAAAAAAAUUCCUAUAUUUUUACGAUUUUUAAAAUUAAUAACAUCAUUAGAAAAUAGAAAUAAUGAUUUUAUUGAAUUCGCAAAAAGAUGUGAAAAUGGUUUGACAAUAGAAAAAGAUAUAUAUUUAACUAAAGAGGAACUAUUAGAAUUAAUGUUUAUAAAUGGAUAUUCAAAAAAAGAAAUGAAUGCAUUUGACUUGGCUUUUAGUAAUAAUUAUGAGUUUCAUUAUCCGGAAAUUUCUGUUUUAUUUCAAUUAAAUGAAGAAGAUGUAUAUAAAUUUUGCUUAAAAAAAAGAAGUGAGAAUCCUGAAAAACUUUUUCAUUUAAAGUUUGUAAAAGAUAAAAAUAUGUUAUCUUCUUAUGGUUUAAUAUUUGUGUUUUUAUAUUUUGGUUUAAAUAAUGUUGUACUAAGUAAUGCAUGGUUUUUGUCAAAAACAAUUCCCUUUUUUUCAGUUUUUUAUAUGUUAGCUUCAUAUUUUUAUAAAGAUAUUUGGAAUUUUUUAAACAAAGAAAAGAAUUUAAUGAUAGAACAAAAUUUAAAUAAUAAAUUAUCAGCUGAAGAUAUCAUUUAUAAUCAAUUGAAGUUAUAUUCUAAAGAUACUGAAUGUAGCUCAAACUUGAUAAAUUUUAAGGAGUAUUGUAAUAAAUUAAUAAAAGAUUACAGAAAAGCAUAUAUAAAUGAACAAAAAAAAAAAGUCCAAGAAAAUUUAGAAAAAAAAUUAAACGAAAUACACAAUACUGAAGUAAAUUAUAAGAAUUCUUUACAAAAUAUACUAUUAGAAGAAAUUAUAAAAAAAAUAUAUCAUAACAUAAAUACAGAUAAUAAUUUUUAUAAUUCCAUAUUAAAUGAUAGUAUCAAUAAUAUAAGAAACAUUAAUGAAAAUGAUACCUUAAUUAAUCAUGUAAGAAAUGAACUAAAUUCUAUUAAAAAUUUAGACAAACAAAAUCCUCUUAUAAAAAAUAUUCUCGAUCAAUAUGAAAUCAAAAAAGAAGAAUAUUUAAAUCAAUAUGUAAUACAAAAAGAAGAGGUGGAUAAAAUUAAAAGUAUAAUUAGUAAGUGUAAUAUGGAUAUAAAUAAAUUAAAUAAAAAUGACUAUAAUGAUUUAUUAAAUUUAUAUUAUAGAAUAAAUAAUAGGUUUGGUUUUUAUGUUAAUGAUGAUGAACUGUCUGAGCUUAUUCCAAGAGAUGAAGAGUCAAAAAAAAUAAUUGAUAAUAUGAACAAAACUAUUAAUGAUACUAAUAAAUUAUUUAAUGAAAAAAAAUUAGUAGCCUUUUUAAAAGCUUUUCAGUAA